AUGUGGCCUUGGUCCUGUGUGUAUGCGUGUGUAUGUGUGCGUGUGUGUGCGCGUGUGUGUGUGCGCGUGUGUGUAUGUGUGUAUGUGUGUGUGUGUGUAUGUGUGUGUGUGAUAACAGGCUGAGAUAAACAGGACGGGGUCAAGUACGAAGGUCACGCUGAGUGUUUGCAGCAGCGGGAGUGACAACAGACGACCUUUAACCCCAACGAGAGAGAGAGAGAAGUCAUUGAAAGCAUUGUUUGUUAAACUGAGGAGCUGAAGGGAAAGUGUGUGUGUGUGUGUUUUGUUUAAGUGUGUGUGUGUGUGUGUGUGCGUGCUUCACAUGGUUCCCCUCAGACGAAUGACGCUGCUUCGCCUCCUGCUGCUGGCGGCCAUCUUGGCUCUGCUCCUCUUCAUCAGCUCCUUGUGGCUCCCCCAGGGCGACUGUGGCAGCUCCUGGCAGCCGUGUUUGGCUCUUUACCAUCAAACGUCCGAGCCUCCAUUGGUUCCUGAGGAGGGGGCGGAGCCAGCACAAGCCCAGCCCCUCAAACAGGAGUGUCCUGGCCAAUCGUUUCAGGCAUGGCGUCUGCUGCAGUAUUUAAAGUCCUGCCUGGCGAACGCCGACGACGUCCUGCUGGAGCCGUACCUGCAGAGCUGGGAUCAGCUCCUCAAGUUCAUGGAGUCUCUCGGGACGAUGGUCGGUUUCUUUUCCCACAAGGUGAAGGAAAAGGUUGUGCUGAUACGAGAGCUGUCACUCAAACUAAGCCUGGAGGCUCAUGGGAAACUUCCGCCCGAAAGCUUGGUUCUUCCUCUCGAGGCCGAUCAAUCGGUUCGCUCCAUGGUGGAGGCGGAGCUUAAGGCGGGCAAGGUGAAUUUCUCGCGGCGUACGGAAUCGGGCUGCCGGACGCUGCUGCGGCUGCAUCGAUCUCUGCUGUGGUUGAAGCUCCUGUUGGAGGGUUUGGCUGAAGGACCGGACGCCGACGGACAAUACAGAACACCUGGAGAGCUGAGCAGGGCUGCCUACAUGGUGGCGUUGGCCCCCCACCACCCCUGGGUGCUCCGUCAGGCUGCAGAGUUCGUCUUCCUCGCCCUCCCGGACCGACGCUACUUCCUGCAGCUGGUGUGCGUUCGCAGCCAGCGGGAGGCCACGCCCAUCCUGCGCAGCAUCAUCGACGCACUCGCGCUUGUCCACGUGCAAACUCAGCGAAUCCUCGCCGAACACGACAUGCUGGAGCUUCCCUGAAUGCAGCACGACGACGCCCUAAAAAC